AUGGAAGCGAGGAAGGGAGGGCGAGCCUACGUGAAGAAGCCUGAAUCGGGUCUCGGAUUCGGGAAGCCGAAAGCACAAAAUUCCAAUUCAUCAGCGAAAGGCAACCAGGCGAAGAAGGGGCAAGGACCUCAGGCAGCAAGCAACGGAGGCACAAAGAAAGCCAAUCCGAAGAUUGAGGCCGCGAAUGGUAACGGUUCUGCUUUGAAGAGGAGCAAGGACGCUCAGCCCCCUGUCGUCGAGAAGCUUCCCGUGGCACAAGCGGCAAAGGAGGAAGAGCAGGAAGAAGAAGAAGAGGCGUCGUGCCUCAUCUGCUGCGAACCUAUCGACUACUUCUCCGUAGGCGAAUGCGAGCAUCGAUUCGUUUGUUCACAAUGCACGCUCCGCCGUCGCGGCCUCUACAAGGAAAUGCACUGCUGCAUCUGCAAGCAAGACCUCGAGAAGACCAUCUUCUCGCGCAGCAGCACCAAGCCCUUCCGGUCGCUGAAGCUCUCGGGCAUGUUCUUCGACGAGACGAGCAAGUGCUACUUCGAGGACCAGUCCCACUUCGAGCAGGCGCAGAAGCUGUGGAAGUUUGCCUGUCCCGUGUGCGACAAGGAGUGUGAGCACCCGCUCGCGUCGCUCUCCAACCUCAAGAAGCAUCUCAAGACUCAUCACAUGUCCUACUGCGAUCUGUGCCUGCAGCACAGGAAGAUCUUCCUGAAGGAGCACAAGGUAUACACGGCCGCCGCGUUGGAGAAGCACGAGUUCGGCGAGGGCGAGAAGGAGCUGGACCAGCACCAAUGGUGUGAGUUCUGCACUCGUCUCUUCUUCGACAAGGACGACAUCUUCCAGCAUCUUAUGAAGGAACACUUCACUUGCCACCUCUGCGAGAGGAACGGCAUCAAGUACCACUACUUCAAGGACUAUCGGUCACUGGAGCGACAUUUCAGGCGACAGCACUUCAUCUGCGAAGACAAGGGGUGCCUCGAGAAGAAGUUCAUCGUUUUUGGCACCGCACUCGACCUGAGGGCCCACGACCUCAAGUUCCACAUGCAAGAGCGUGGCCUCACCCGAGCGGAGAUGAAGCAGGCCCAACGACUGGAUAUCGAUCUCUUCUACGAGAAGCCACCCGCGGCUGAGCGGAAGUCGCGCGGGCGAGAGGAUCCUGUGGUGGUCUUCAAUCCCAUGCUCUCCCAUCCCCCUCCCCGUGCUCCCGCAGAUGGUCUCGGCCCCACACCCGCUGCCGCAGCUGCAGCUGCUGCAACUGCGCACACCGAGUCGAACGCGCGCAACCGAGCGGAACAACCAAGGCCGAAGUACGUGAAGAAAGAGCAGCAGGCCGCCGACGCCGGCAAGACCGAGGACGGCGAGAAGGAGGCGGCCGAGAAAGCCACCACGCCGACCGUCCAGUUCCCGCCGGAGCCGACGAACGAGGAGGAGAGGCGCGCGAGGAAUGCUGCGCUGGAGCGCCAUCGGCGAGGCCGAGUUCCCAACUUCAAGCAGAUCUCGGUGGAUCUGCGGCAGGCGCGCCUCACCCCGGCGCAGUACUACCAGAAGUACCUUCGUCUCUUUGGCCUGUACCAUGGGCCGGUGCUCUUCCCCGAGCUGGUCUCCCUGCUGCCCGACCCUGUGCUGCGAUCGCAGCUUACCACCAUCCACCGACAAGCCGUGGCCCAGGGCCAGGUCGAAGCCAACCCCAAACCGGAACCGCCCAAGCCACAAGAACCGCCAUCCCAGUCGCGUGAGGCGCCUCAUGCGGCGCCGGUUGCGCGAGUGCCGAGCUCGAAUGGACCGGGGCGAGGGGAGAGAGAAGGCGGCAAGCCUCCUCAGCCCACCGUGAGGCGGCCGGACGGCGCCUGGGGCACCGGGCCGCCCCUCCGCGCAGGAGGAAGGGGCGGACGGAUGACAUCCGAGGACUUCCCGUCGCUGCCCCCCUCCAACUACAUUGACGAGGACGCCGAGCUGGCCCGAUUGCUGCAGGACAAGAUCAACCAGCAGUCCCAAACCCAAAAGGGAAAGAAGAAGUCGAAGAAGGGCCAGGUCCUGCUGCGCUUCGGGUAA